AUGAAGGACAUUACUGUCAAGCUAAAUAUUAAACCGGAAACAACACCAAAGUUUAUGAAGGCCAGGUCUGUACCAUAUGCUAUUCGAUCAAAAGUGGGGGAUGAGUUGGACGCCUUAGUUAAAAGCGGUGUUUUGGAACCGGUGACUGUCAGCGAGUGGGCCACGCCCAUAGUUCCCGUACCCAAGAAGACGGGAGGAAUACGAAUCUGUGGAGAUUUUAAAGUGACACUGAACCCUGUACUGUCAGCAGAGCAGUAUCCUCUUCCCCGCAUUGACGAUUUGUUUGCCGGGCUGAGUAAGGGGCAAAAGUUUAGCAAAAUAGACCUUAACCAAGCCUACUUACAAAUGCACAUUCAUGAGGAUUCUAAAGACUUGCUCACCAUAACUACACAAAAGGGGCUUUUCAGAUAUUGUCGACUCCCUUCCGGGAUCACAUCAGCCCCUGCACUUUUCCAACGUGCCAUGGAUCAGAUCCUACAUGGCCUCCCUGGUGUACAGUGCUAUUUGGACGAUAUUCUGUGCACAGGAAGUACAGACCAAGAACAUCUGGACAAUUUGGAUGCUGCUCUUCAAAGGCUGAAAGAGUAUGGGCUCAGGGUUCACAAAGACAAGUCUGAGCCGCGGGCAGCAGAAAUCUUUUACUUCAGUCAGGUGGAUGGUGCGCCAGUUUCUGCUGCUCAUGUGAGGAGGGCCUCUCGCACUGACCCUGUCCUGUCUGCGGUGAUGGACAUGGUGAUGGGGGGGAGAUCAGGUAGCGAUGCCCCCAGUAUUCAACCUUAUCUCUCCAGGAGAGCAGAACUGUCGGUGCAAUCUGGUUGCUUACUGUGGGGGAGGAGGGUGGUUAUCCCGCCAUCAUUGCGUAAAUCUGUUCUGCAACAGCUCCAUGCAGGUCACAGUGGAAUAGUUCGAAUGAAGGAGAUAGCAAGGAAUUACUUCUGGUGGCCAGGAGUGGACAGAGAGAUAGAGAAUACCGCCAAAACCUGUUCCUCAUGCCAAGAAGUUAGGAAGGCACCCCAACUAGCUCCUCUACAUCCCUGGGAGUUUCCCGAAGAACCAUGGCAACGGGUGCACAUUGAUUUUGCAGGACCUGUGGAGGGUUAUAUGCUCCUUGUGUGUGUGGACGCCCACAGUAAGUGGCCGGAAGUGGCCAUAAUGAAAACCACUACCACUGCAAGGACGAUUGAGAGGCUGGGGGAGAUUUUCAGCCGGUUCGGUUCUCCUCUUCAGUUGGUCUCAGAUAACGGGCCACAACUGGUGUCACAAGAAAUGACUACCUUCCUUGAAGCAAAUGGCGUACAACACAUUCGAUCCGCACCAUUUCACCCUGCGACCAAUGGUCUGGCUGAAAGGUUUGUGCAGACCAUGAAGAAAGCUUUGAAGACAUCUCAAGAGCAGGGAUCAUUUCAUCAGAGAUUGCAUAGAUUCCUGUUGAGCAAUAGGAAUACUCCCCAUGCCACUACUAAAGUUUCCCCCGCUUCUCUGAUGUUCAAAAGAAACCUUCGAACAAACUUUGACUUUCUGAAGCCGACAACGGUGAAGGAUAUUGUUCAGCAUCAACAGGAGAAACAGAUUCAACAAAGAAUGCAGAAGGCUAAAGAAAGAGUCUUCUCUCCGGAUGAGCCAGUGUUAGCAAGGAACUACAGUACUGGCCCCCGAUGGGUCCCUGCAACCAUAGUCAAACGAUCUGGUCCUGUCUCUUACACCGUCAGUACUGCUGCUGGACUGGUAUGGAAAAGACACGUCGAUCAACUUCUUCAGGCGACAGCAUCGACCCCCAACCAGCCGUCGGUGGAUACUCCGAACGAGUCGGAGUUCAGCGCACCCCAUUUCCUGCUGCCACCACCCCAAAGAACAAUGGAAUAUACUGGUGAGACUUCUGCUUCCGACUCUUCACUUCGAGAUCCUGUGAUGGAUGUUCCAACACGCACGGCUGUUCCAGAGUCACCCAGCGGAGACCGUAAGACUGAACAUUCUGUUGAGCCCCGUUAUCCGGUAAGAGAACGCCGUCCUCCAGAACGCCUGGAUUUAUAG